ACCUCUUUUGUUAGAGUUCCACAUACAACGUCAGAUCAACGAAGACAAUUGUAACAGGAAUAGUUCAGGAUGGCUACCAGUGAAUUGAAUCAGUUUUUGGAAACUGUUGAUGAGAAUGUCCUGGAGUGUACUAUUUGCUUUAAGAGACUUCAAAAUCCUAAAUCCCUCAACUGCUUCCAUAGUUUCUGUUUGGCGUGUCUGGAAGACUGGGUUAAGACAAAGGGUAAGCUGACAUGUCCAACCUGCUCAAAAUCAUAUGCCAUUCCACAAGGUGGACUUCAGAAGCUUCCACCUAAUACAUUUCUGAAUAACUUAUUGGAAACAAUUGAACAAAUUUCCAAAAGAGAUGAGAUGAAAUGUGUUUGUGCAAAAGGCCUGCAGGCAAAAUACUACUGCCAAGAAUGUAGACAUUACUUGUGCUCUACUUGUAGUGACCAUCACAAAAUAUUGCCUAUAACAGCAAAUCACAAGCUGCAUACAGUGGAGGACGUGCGAUCAAUGACUCUACAAGACUUUUCUGCUUUAAAUCCACUGCUGUGUUCACUUCACAACAAACCUCUGGAGUUCUACUGCACAGAUUGUAAAACUCCAAUCUGUAUAAACUGUACAGUUAUGGAUCACAGGGAUGGAAAGCACAAACCAAUCAGUAUUUCACAAGCAUUCCAAGCAUUUAAAGAAAUGGCUGAAAAAUUGAAGGAAGCUGCUUAUCAUUGUGAAAACCAAUUACAAGAUGGACUUAAAGCGGUCAAUCAAUAUGCUACAAAAUUACAACAAAGUAAAGAUACAAGUUUGAGAGAUAUUGACAAUCAUGUACAAGUAAUGGUCAAGAUAAUCAAGGAUAAAGGAGACAAAAUGAAAAAUGAGGUAGAGACAAUCUACACAGAGAAAAAGAAGGUAAAUGAUGAACAAAUCAAUGAAUUGACAGCAACAAUAUCUGAUUUAAAAAAAAAACUGAGUUUUCUUAAUCAGUUAUUGAAGAGUGAUGAAGCAACAGCAGUGCAGUCAAGUGAAACAAUAAAUACAGCACUAAACGACAGGAUAAAUGAUAUGCCAAAAACACAGCCAAGUGAUAACAGACAAAUUAAAUUUUUAAUAAAUAAACAUCAAAUUGCUUCAUUACAACAAUGCAAUAUUGGAAAUGUUACAUUUGUGAGGGCAGCAGACUGCUUACAAUUAAAAGGAAUGGGAACUGUAACACAAGGUCAAACAAUUGUUGUGAAGGUGAUCAAGACAAAUGAAUGUGAAAUACAUGCAAAUCAACUGAAGGCAACAUGGACACAGCCUACAGGAGAAACCAACAAAACUCAAGUUGAUGAAGAUGAUAAUGGAGAUUAUUUUGUGACCGGUAAAUGUACCAGUCCAGGUACUUGUACGCUAGAUGUUAGUGCUGAUGGUGAAUCAAUUAGACUGUCACCGGUGGUAAUCAAUGUAGAGAAAGAAGGAUUAGUAAAUACCAUUGAAAUACCAAAUCAAGAAACAUUUGUAGAUGUAGUUAAGUGUGAAGAUGAUCACUUGUUGGUUUCAUGUUUAAAAAAUGAAAUACUCAAAUACAAGCAAUCAGGAGAAUAUAUUGGUAAGCUUACACUACCACGAAGUGUCAAAGUCCAAAGAAUGUAUAAAAUGAAGAAUGGUAACAUAGCAUUUAAUGAUUGGGGUAGAAAAUGCAACACAAUAAUUAAAAUAGAUGGUCAGCACAUCGAAUCCUUUAAUAAGUAUGUAAUGUUUCCGCAUAGUAUCCAUGUGGAUGAGGCAUCAAAUAUUGUGUAUGUAGGAUUUACGUCAAGUAUAUUGCUAUACAACAUUGAUAGUGGGCAGAAGAUCAUGAGCAUAGGGACUAGGGGUAAUCAAGAAGGUCAAGUUAGAGGAGUUUUUGACAUUACCCUUACUAAUCAAAGAAAUGUUCUUGUAUUAGACUCAUGCAACAACAGAUUACAACUAUUUGAUAAUGAGGGACGGUUCAUGAAAGUACUUGUCAGAGAAAAUGGUAUUGUGAGACCACGCGGAGUAGUAGUUGAUCAGGAUGACAACAUUAUUAUAUCUAGUGAACACAAAAUACAGGUAUUUAGUAGUGAUGGAAAUUUUAUCAAAAGAAUUGAUAAAGAAGAAGAUGGAAUCAAAGAUCCAUGGGGAAUAUCCAUCAUUUCAUAUCAUCCACGAAAAGUUGCAGUAACAAACGGAGGUGACAAAACAAUAAAAAUAUUUAAUUAUUAAAGUAUAAUCUGUUUCCCCCACUUGCUUUGUUGUCUUCAAGGGGUGCAUACUGCAGGAUGUGAUUCCGUCGACUAAAUUCUAUAAAUAUAUAAAUUUUCACACUAUAUCACUGUAUUGUGAAAAUGUUGGUAUACUCAAAUACCAACAAUCAGAAGAAUAUAUUGGUAAGCUUACACUAUCACAAGGUGUCUACAGAAUGUACAAAAUGAAGAAUGGUAACAUAGUAUUCAGUGAUUAUGGUAAUAAAUGCAUCACAAUAUGUAAUAUGAAUGGUCAGCUGAUCAAAUCCUUUGGUAAGGAAAAAAUAAUUCCACAUGGUAUCCAUGUGGAUGAGGCAUCAAAUAUUGUGUAUGUAGGAAUUAUUUCGAGUGUGUCGGUAUACAACAUUGAUACUGGGCAGAAGAUCAGGAGCAUAGGGACUUGGGGUAAUCAAGAAGGUCAAGUCAAAGCAGUUAAUGACAUUUCCCUUACUAAUCAAAGAAAUGUUCUUGUAUUAGAUUCAUUCAACAACAGAUUACAACUAUUUGACGGUUCAUGAAAGUCCUUGUCAAAGCAGGUGAUGAAAAUGGCAAGGUGAUGAGACCAUGUGGAGUAGUAGUUGAUCAGGAUGACAACAUUAUUAUAUCAAGUGAACACAAAAUACAGGUAUUUAGUAGUGAUGGAAAUUGUUUCCCCCACUUGCUUUUUUGUCCUCAAGGGGUGCGUAGGAUGUGAUUCUGUCGACUAAAUUCUAUAAAUAUAUAAAUUUUCACACUAUAUCAUUGUAUUGUGAAAAUGUUGGUAUGAAAACAAAUCAAAUAACAUGUUCAUGUUGUGGUGCAGUGGAUUCGAUCACUCGACCCCACUAAUUAAAUAAAAAUAUUAUUUUACAAAUGUAUUGUAAAAGUGUUAAUGUAAUAUAAAUCAAAUAAAAUCUUAAUGUUGGGGGUUUAUUUAAAUCAUUUCUAUGCUUAUAAUUUGAGAUUUUAUAUUAUCUUUUCUGUUUACUUUGGUUACUGACAGUUCAUUUUUAUAGAAGUAUUAUUACUGUAAUAAAUUAAAAUGCACUGAUGUAGCUGCUGCAACUUUAUGGAGUACUCCCCCAGGGAGCUUGAGUUUGUGUU